AUGUCUGCAAGAAAACUGUGGGGUGAAUUUGAAAACGAAGGAGGCGACGAAACACUUCUUCAAAAUGUAAACUUCAAUCCUAUCAUCGAUCUGGGCAUGCAAAACAUUCCCGAGAUACCGAUAUCAGUGAAGUCUUCACCUAUAGAACUGCCUAAGCCUAACCUCAUUACUCACACGGUCCAACUGCACGCAUACGCGAGGCAAAUGAAUGAGCAGAUUGACAAUGUACUUUACGAAAAUGCAAGAUUUGAUCCGAUGAAUCUGCCGGCUUUACCGCCUGAACCGCCUAAAAUCAUGGAACACAAACCUACUCCGCCCAUAAACUUCAUGCAGAAACAGUACUGCGAUUUUUCACUCGGAAAAGGUCCCGUUAUUCAACCCUUCACACCAGAAAGUCACAAGCGUGCUUUGCGUCAGUGUGCAGCUAUCGCCAUAGGCCAUGUCGGCAUUCCCACUUGCACCAACACCGCUUUAAACGCUCUUGCCGAUGCAUUAGACUUUUACAUGACCAACAUGUGUAAGCUGAUGAGAACUGUUGUCGAUCAAGAAGCCAGUGGGCUGAGAUCUGGAUACCCUGACGUUGUAUCAAAAGUAUUUGCAGAUUUGAAUGUAGGUAAUCUGCAUGACUUUUUCAACAAUCGUGUGGUUAAGUAUCAUGCUAAAAUGAAGCAAAAGUGUGAAGAAUUAAAGACACAAUGUGAAGCAAUGGUUAUCGGGGACAUGGCACCACAACUAAAGCUGGAAGAAGUUCCGGAGUUACAUUUUCCAGCUGCAUUGGAUGGAGCAUUUACCCCUUCCUUGGAGCCGGGGUUCCAGAUGCUGCAUAGUCUGGAGCAAGAGCAACUGCAAGGCCUGGAUCUCCUGGACACUGUAGCAACAGAUGAAAUCAAAAUAGAACCGAUGGAGUUCUCACAACCAGAGACAGCAAAGCUGCCUUCACUGUCUCCUAGUGCUAAAAAAAAGAGAAAAUAA